CGGCGACGAGGCCCGAGAGGCGACAGAGAGAGGGGAUUUUCCCCAUUUUGGGCCCAAUCAUGGGCCUUUAUGGGCCUUGAUGGGCCGUGUGUAGCCGUGCCUAUCCUAUGGGCCGUUGCUUUGCUGGCUUGCACACGUCAUCGCGUGCUGGCUUUCCAACACGCUCGAAAAUUCAAAAGUUGUCUCCCUUUUGAUAUCCCCACAAAAAUCUCGAGCCCCACUUGCCGGCGACGAGAUGGAUUCAGCUCUUGCCGCCGCCGCCGCCACCGCCGCCGUGGCGGCGUUCCCCAACUUCGCCGAUGUCGCCGGCGCCGUCGCGCUCCUCGUUCUCGCCGACUCGCCGCCAGCGCCGUCCCCGCCUCCACCUCCUCCCACUGUCAGCGACGAGCUCUCGUGCUACUCGGGAUCCUCCGCGUCCUACUCCGGCACCUCGGCGAGGUCGUGCGUGUCCGACUCCGCGCAGCGCGGUCGCCCCGUCGACCCCCUCCGCGUGCUCGCCGUCGUCGCCUCCCUCCGCCGCAUCGACCCCAAGGUGCUCGCCAAGGCGACGAACACGCUGUUUCAGGGCGAGUCGUCGAAGAAGAGGAAGGGCGUGUGGAUCCACAUCGACGACGAUGAGGACGAGAGCGAGAGGAACAGCGCUGUGGCCAGCGAGGGGAGCACCGUCACGGGGACCGCGUCUGCAAGCUCCACGGCCACGUCGGGGAGAUCCCACCGGCCUCCGCGGGCGAGUGGCGGUGGCGACCAGCUGCCGCGAAGGGCGGACAAGAUCAUGAAGUGGUUGUCGCGGCCGGGAGCGGUGCCGGCAACGGAGACGACCAUCCGUGCAGCCGUCGGCGACAAUGCUGGCACCAGCAAGGCGCUGCGCUUGCUGCUGAAGCGUCCGGGCUGCUUGCGACGUUCUGGCUCUGGUGGCCGCAAUGAUCCAUAUGUUUACAUGGUCACAGGCUGACCCAAUGAAGUUAACUAAGUUGUGUUUAUAGCAAAAGAGAUGGUAACUGUAAAGCUAUUGGAGAGGCCAAGUGACUUCUGAGCAGUAUUUAGUAAUUUCUACUACCUGUCUGUCUUAAUUACUGUUUAAUUUUGCCUUCCUGCAUAUAAGAAGUAUAGCCAUAGGAGAAAGCAAAGUUCCCAUGUUAGAAAGAGCUUGCAGAUAUAUUUGUAAAGAUAGGCUACUGGAUAGAAAUAUAGACACACAAUCAUACACCCAGAGAUUUUAUGUCAUCGCGCUUUAUAUUAGUGUAUGUCGAACUGGAGUAAUCAAGUAUAAUGAGUUCCAUUUUCAGACA